ACACGGGGCUCAUUCUCAGUGCGGCUGUAGUUUUGGUAUAUGCCACAGACAUUUAGACUUUAGCUGGGACGCGUGGGGAUCACCCUGGCAUCGUCUAAGCCCCCCGGCAGGGCUCCUGCAGCCAUUGAAACACCUCUUCCUCGUGUGGCUUAACACAUUAAACAAAAAAUUUUUAACACAGGGAGACAGCGCACGAGCAGGGGAAUGGCAAGAGAGAAGAGAGAGAAAAUCCCAAGCAGACUCCCUUCGGUCAGCGGAGAGCCUGAGGCUCGAACCCAUAAACCGACUUGCAGACUUGGCUCCCACAUCAGCAGUCAUGAGGAGCAGAUGUGACAAUUACACUUCGGAUCAGCUAGUGCCCGGAAUCCCCUCCAUUGCCCAGGCCUGGGGACUAUGGGCCCUCUUAGGGGCUGCGAUGCUGCUGCUUCUCAUCUCACUGGCUGCGCACUUGUUCCGAUGGACUAGUGGCCGAAGCCAGAGCCACCCAGGACAGAGACGCCCUGGAGGGUCUGUGGAAGAGGUCCCUCUGUAUGGGAACCUGCAUUAUCUUCAGACUGGUCGGCUGUCUCAGGAACCAGGGCCAGAUCAGCAGGAUCCAACGCCUAGAGGCCCCAGCACGGCUGCAGAGGAAGUGAUGUGCUAUACCAGCCUGCAGUUGCGGCCUUCUCAGGGCCGUAUCCCCAGCCCUGGAACCCCCAUCAAGUACUCAGAGGUGGUGCUGGAUUCUGAGCCAAAGCCCCAGGCCUCAGGCCCUGAGCCUGAGCUCUAUGCCUCAGUGUGUGCCCAGACCCGCAGAGCGCGGGCUUCCUUCCCAGACCAGGCUUAUGCCAAUAGCCAGCCUGCACCCAGCUGAGAUGGAGGGCCUGGCAGAGUGGGGCAAGCAUCGCCCCAGCCUCCAUUAGCCUACUGCUACCCUGUCCCUGGAAUGACUGUUUCCCAGCCGCCCCCCACCCCCACCCAAGACAUGCAGCCAUUGCCCAGUCACAGAAGGUAACGUUCCCCAAACUUCCUAUCUGAGCUAUGAGGGAGACAUCUCAGGGGAACAGUAAGUAGGUCCCCAGUUUCUUGGGAAGGGAGGAAACAAAGGCAGUGGCCCCCUCUCCAUCCACCUCCCCCCAUCUAUUACUCUAAGGCCCCAAGCUCCUAGGUUCUCACUUCCUCCUCCUUGUGGAUUUUAACCAGAUCCUCUCCACUCCUGCUCCUUUAAAGUCUACCCCUAACACUUCAGUGUUCCCUCAGACACAGGAAGUGGGCAGUGGUGGAAAGGGGAACAGCCUGAGAGGACAAGGAUGGGUAUACUCCUCAGGAGCCCAUAGUCUGGAGGGAUCCUGGAAUCUAGUGACCUGAGGAACCCAAGCCUGGCUUCUUAUCUGAGAACACUGGCAGGAGAAUACCAGUCCACAUCCUGCUGCCUCUGUUGUGUCCCCAAGUUUUCAAAUAAAACUUCUACGUCUCAGAAA